CAGCUGAUUGCGAUGUUGGAUUCUCCUCAUAUUGAAUAUCGUUUCCCGCACAAGCCGCCACAACGAAGUAUAUCAUUCGGCUGUGACAUCCUGUACGCUUCACUCAGAAUCAUCUCACCAUUCUGCUUGCUGUCAAGAAAAAGACAAUCAUGAUUGCCAAACUAGAUGCCUCUCGCCAGGAAUCUGCCAUUCAGGUCAUCGAUAUUUCGGCAUGGCUGGAUCCGCAAGCUACCAGCGAGGCUCGUGAAGCCGUGAUUGAAGCAUUGCACUUUUCUUGCAGAACUCAUGGCUUCUUCUCGUUGAUCGGCCACGGCGUAUCGCUUGACCUGCAACGCCAAGUGCUGGUUUGCGCGAAGACGUUUUUCGCCAUGCCGAUGGAGGACAAGAUGGAAGUUUCCAUGGCAAAGUCUGUGGGAAUGUCAAAUCGGGGAUAUGAGGUGCUCCAAGGUCAGGCAUUGCAACCUGACGCGUUGCCUGAUUUGAAAGAGGGCUAUUUUAUUGGAGCAGAAGUAGCAGCUGGUGAUCCAAGAGCAGGAAAAUUCCUGCAUGGUCCGAACAUGUGGCCCUCCACACUCAAUGAAUCAGACUUCCAGACACCACUAAUGGAAUAUCUGUCCCAAAUGACAAAAGUGGCAGAGCUCCUACUAGAGAUGCUAAGACAAGCGCUGCCAAAGCCACCACCAGAAGACAUGUUUGAAGAAUUCAAGCAGAAACCGUCGACAAACUUGCGGUUGCUUCACUAUCCACCCCAAAGAUCGUUUGAUGAAAGGCAACUUGGUGCUGGUGCACACACAGACUUUGGAGGAAUCACACUGUUGCUGCAGCAGUCAGGCGCGCCCGGUCUGGAGGUCUGGCAUCCACAGACCUCAGCGUGGAUCCCUGUGCUAGCAGUUGAAGAUCAUCUUGUCGUGAACAUCGGAGAUCUUCUUAACCUCUGGACCAACGGGUACUUUCUUAGUGCUGUCCAUCGCGUCAUCAAUCGCGCGCCUACAGAUCGCUACAGUGCACCUUUCUUUUAUAAUGGCAACACAGCCUGCAACUUCUCACCUCUAGACAUGGGAUUUAGACCGAUGAACACGACUGUGCAGACUGUAGAAGGGCACAUUCUGGGCAAGCUUAAGGCGACAAGAGAGAAGACUCAAAAUGCAAAGGCGAAUCCCUUACCUAAGAAUUGCGAGGUGGAAGUGCAGAGUUAAGUGCAUAGUAGAUAUCGGAAAGAGCUAACUUUCUCGGAUAUAUUAGCGACAGCUUAAGGACUUUAUUAAUCGUUUCUCUCUUUACGCUCCCCGCUUAGACGCUAACUAACCUUAGAUUAAUUGAUUAAUUAAUUUUUUAGGGGUUUAGGAUUAAGGGUUUAGUAUUUAGACUACUAUAGACAUUUAACUAUAUUUAAAGGGCG